AUGCCAAACAUGUUCUCUCAAUUUGUCGGCGCUUUCGCCCUCUUCACUGCGCUUCCUUUCGCGCGGGCUGCUCCCAGUCAUGGCAGGCAGUGUUCGACUUCGCGCACGGAGCAUAAGCACAGAUUGUUUGUACUCACGGAUAUAAGCAAUGAGCCUGAUGAUCAGAUGAGUCUGGUUCGGUUGUUGACCUACGCCAAUGAGAUCGACAUUCAGGGCAUAUCUGUGACGACUUCGACGUGGAUGCCUGAUAAGAUUGACUAUGAGUCUGUCGUUGGCGUUUUGGAUGGUUAUAAGAAGGUUGUGAAAAACCUUAACGCCAAUGUUCCAUCUCACGCGCCUUAUCCUUCGUACAAGUAUCUUCUCGACCGAGUUCACAAGGGUCAUCCUGUCUAUGGACGAAAAUCACUCAACAUGAGUCUGAGCGACGGUGCGAAAGCGCUUGUCAAGGCUGCUGACAAGGCGAGCGUCGACGAUCCUCUGACAGUUUCUGUUUGGGGAGGAUCUGCGAUUUUGGCCGAGGCUCUUCAGCAUGUUUCCCGCACCCGAAGUGAAGAUGCCGUUGACGCGUUUGUCGAGAAACUACGCGUUUACGCCAUCUCUGACCAGGACGAUACCGGCAUCUGGAUCCGCCUUCGUUACCCUCAACUCUUCUACGUUGUCUCCCUCCACGGCUUCAGCGAAUACACUGUCGCAGCAUGGAAUGGUAUCUCAGGCGAAGAGUACCGUAAUUUCGAUCAUGGCGGCCCAGACUCUAGCAUUGUCUCCAAUGACUGGCUCGAGAAGAACAUUCGCCUCGGUCCUCUGGGAUCCCAUUACCUCAACUGGUCUUUCAUCAUGGAGGGCGACACACCCGCUUUCUUGCCUCUUGUCCAGAAUGGUUUGGGCGAUGUAAACCAUCCUGAGUGGGGUAGCUGGGGCGGUCGUUAUACCCUCCUCGACCAUACGAACCAGUCGCGCGUCUACGCAGAUACAAGCGACUACGUCGUUGGUGCCAACGGCAAGGCCUUUACCAGCAAGUUUGCAACUAUCUGGAGAUGGAGACAAGAUUACCAAUUCGACUUUGCUGCUCGUAUGAAGUGGACUGUCAACUCUAAGUACUCCGAGAACAACCAUCAGCCUGUCGCCAUCGUCAACGGCUCUUGUGGUACUGCCCCGUUGAAGCUCAAGUACAAGCCUGGCGGCAGCGUUAUUCUCGAUGCUUCAGACAGCUGGGAUCCCGAUGGUGAUGAGCUCAAAUACGAUUGGUUCCACUACCGCGAGCCUGGUGGCGCAUACGGACGAGGCCUGGAAGGCUUCGACCCUUCGUUAAAGAUGAAGCCAAUCUUGACGCCCAAGAGCCCGAAUGUCAACAUCACAAGCAUCAAUGAUGAUGGCAGCGCGGUGAAGCUGGAGACUGCCAAGAGUCUGAACGAUACUAUGCACAUUAUUCUUGCUCUCCGCGAUGCGACAGAGAAGCCUCUCGCUACCUACAGGAGAAUCAUUCUUGAAGCCAAAUAG